AUGGGGUCAGAUUGGGACGACAUUUACUUCAUGGUAUCGGACAAAAGACGACCAGAUCAAGAAGGCGUCCCAGACGUGUUCCAUGUACCUCAAUGCGAUAGCAACGAUGUCUACGAGUUGAGUGCAGAUGAACUUCAGCAUCUGUUAUCAACCAAAGCCAUGACCUCGGUAUCGCUCGUUAAACACUGUCUGGAAAGAAUUAGAAGGGUCAAUCCAUACCUAGAAUGUGUGAUCGAGACAAACCCAGAUGCUCUCGAUAUCGCCCAACAACUCGACGAUGAGCGAUUAAAAGGCAAGACCAGAGGACCACUGCACGGCAUUCCUGUCCUGGUCAAAGACAACAUGGCUACUAAGGACAAAAUGCAAACAACUGGCGGUUCCUGGGCACUCCUCGGUGCUAUCGUUCCGGAAGAUGCGCAUAUCGUGCAUCUACUCCGCAAAGCAGGUGCAAUCAUUUUAGGACACUCAAACCUGGACGAAUGGGCUGGUAUGCGCUCAAAGAUAUAUUCCAACGGCUACUCUGCACGCGGCGGUCAGACCAGAAAUCCAUAUAUGCUCAGUCGGAGUCCCCAAGGGUCGAGCUCUGGCUCUGCUGUGUCUGUGUCUAGCAAUAUCGUCCCGCUUGCCUUUGGUACAGAGACAGAUACUUCUGUCAUCUGGCCGGCUAUGGUCAGCGGUAUUGUAGGCAUCAAGCCUACUGUUGGUCUGACGUCUCGCAGUGGCGUGAUUCCUAUCUCGGAGACGCAAGACUCAAUCGGAACAUAUGGCAGAUGUGUGUCUGAUGCAGCUCGUGCUCUCGACGCGAUAGCUGGGCCCGAUCCGGAAGACAAGCACUCGGUAGUCCCCGAGAGACGACAGCCAAAGAGCUACGUCGACAGCUUGACUUCGAGAAAGGCACUAUAUGGUGCGAGAUUUGGUCUUCCCAUGAGACGAUUCUGGGAACUGGUGCCAAAGCAGCAAAGAAAAGUGGCAGAGAAAGUUCUAGAGCUUAUCAAAGAUGCUGGAGCACAAAUCAUACCUGUCGAGAUGCCCUGCGCAGAAGAACGUAUCGCACCUGACGGCGGAUGGGAUUGGGAGCACGGUAAAGAAGAAGUGUCAGAGUUCACUAUCAACAAGGUGGAAUGCUACUACCUGAUGAACGAGUAUCUCAGUAAACUCAAAAACACGAAUAUCAAGACAGUCGAAGAUGUCGUCCGCUUCAACGACGAGAAUGCAGGAUCUCAAGGAGCCAAACCUGGCGAUCAUCCGGCCUUCCCCUCAGGUCAAGACAAUUUCCGCGAAGUGGUCGAAGCAAAAGGCAUCAAGUCGCCAGCUUACUACUCCGCUUUCGCCCACAUGCGCAAGCAGUGCCGCGAGAACGGUAUAGACGCAGCCCUCCAUCCAAUUGUAAACGGCAGAAAGAUCUCUCUCGAUGCCCUCCUCUUCUGCGAUGUUCGUGGCUCAGGUCAACAAAUUGCUGCUCAAGCUUCAUACCCCGUAAUGACCAUCCCCAUCGGUCUCGAUCCUGAUGGCAUGCCCAUAGGCUUGAACCUUCAGCACACCGCUUGGGAGGAGGCAACACUGGUACGAUGGGCGUCUGCGAUAGAAGAUCUGCUUCGUGCAGAAGUUGGACCUAGGAACCCUCCUCGCUACCAAGAUCAUCUGGCCAAAAACAUUCCUGUGGAGAAUGAGUAUAGAUACCCAGGCGCACCACCUAGAUUUGGAGAUAGACCGCCACCCUCCUGA